CGGGGCGGCAGGACAUGGUCUUAUACACGAUGCGAUGAACGGAACGUCUGGAUGGGCAUCUCUGUUCAGGACUGCGGCAGGUCGAGCGCCGUGGCACCCGCGACCAGCCUCGCACCGAUCAUGGACCUUCUCUAUUCGACCAAGUGACGUCCUCAACAAGCGCGCAUAUGCCACUGGACCCGCUCCUUUGAAGGCUCCCAAGUCCCGGAAACGUCUAUAUGUCUUGGGUGGCAUCGUUGUUGCGGCCACUGGUGCCGUGGCUGUCAGUGAUGAUGCACGCUAUAUCUGGAUAGCAGCCCAGCGUACUGGAAGAGUCGUCAGCACUCUCGCCCUCAACAUCAACGAUUAUCGCCGGACCCUCAACCAAUAUGACGCCCUGCCCGAAGCAGAAUACCAGACUCUGCUCAAGACCUGUCACCAGCGCUGCGCCGAGCGUACCCUCGUUGUCUUGCAAAAGAAUGGCUCCAUCUUCGUCAAGUUGGGACAACAUCUUAGCAGCAUGAACUACCUUCUGCCUUCUGAGUGGUGUGAUACUUUCAUCCCACUGCAAGACCAAUGUCCGGUGUCUUCUAUGGAGAGCGUUGAAGCUAUGGUUUUGAAGGACACUGGGCACAACCUAUCACACUACUUUUCAGACUUCAAUACCACUCCAAUUGGUGCCGCCUCGCUCGCUCAGGUCCAUACCGCUACUCUGCGCGAGACUGGUGAACACGUCGCCGUCAAGGUCCAGCAUCCCGCGCUUGACGAAUGGGCCACUCUCGACCUGGCUCUCACUCGUUUCACCUUCCGUACCCUGAAGCGUUUCUUCCCUGAAUACGAUCUGACCUGGCUGAGUGAUGAGAUGGAUCAAAGUCUGCCGAAAGAGUUGGACUUCGCUCUCGAAGGCUCCAACGCCGAACUCGCUCGCAAAUACUUUGCUGAAGUCGCCUACCUACCUGUCAUUAUUCCCAGAGUCCAUUGGGCCCAGCGACGUAUCCUUGUCAUGGACUUCGUGACUGGCCACAGACCUGAUGAUCUGGCCUAUCUCGACGCCAACAACAUCGACCGAGAUGAAGUUUCCGCUGCCCUCGCCCGCAUCUUUAACGAGAUGAUCUUCGGCAAAGAUGCUCCCCUGCACUGCGAUCCUCACGGCGGCAACAUCGCUAUCCGCUUGAACACCUCAAAGCGUGCCCCUAAUAAUUUCGACGUUGUUCUUUACGACCAUGGUCUUUAUCGUGUGCCUGACAAUACCCUCCGCCGUAGCUACGCCAAGUUAUGGCUUGCUGUAUUGGAUGCUGAUGAGCCACGCAUGCGUCAGUACGCAAAGGAGGUGGCUGGCAUUAACGAUGAACAGUUCCCUCUCUUUGCUUCUGCAAUCACUGGCCGCGAUUACCGUGUGGUCACCAAGAGUGUCGCAACUUCCAGGACGGACGAGGAGAAAGAGGCUAUCUCAGAUGCACUAGGCGAUGGUAUGCUCGAACAGCUAGUCCAGCUUCUGGGCCAAGUGCCUCGUGUCAUUCUACUGAUCCUCAAGACCAAUGAUCUUACCCGCAGUCUCGACGAGAAUCUACAUACUCGCCAAGGACCCGUUCGCACCUUUAUGAUCCUAGCACGUUACGCUGCCCGUGCAGUCUACGAAGAGAAAAUGGAGAUUUUGGCGGCUGCUGGGUUUGGUCCUAGAAGGCUCUGGCGCAGAUUCACAGCCUGGGCCGAUUUUGCUCGCAUCGAGUUCAAGCUCUCUGCAUUUGAGACGUGGCUCAACAUCAGGAGAUUCUUUGGCAUGCAGCCCACAAUGAUCUAGUAAAGAUUGUGUAGCGUUUGUGUUACCCUGAGCGAUGGCGUUUUCUGCUUUGUUUUUGUUCCACCUGGAUUGGGGGUUGGUCGCUCUAUUUAGUUUAUAGACAUUGGGCUUCGAGGUUUGGUCUUGUAGAUAAUAGAUCACUUCAUUCGUGUUCACACCCCGACAGGUUUCCUGUGACAUGUUUUGACUAUGACACUAUGUCGCCGCAUUUCAAUUUCAAGAUGAAUCAAGGUACAUGUGCCA